UUGAAAUAGAAACGAUGUCUUUUCUCUGAAAGAAAACAAUAAAAUAGUGGGAAAAAGAGAGAUGAAAUGUCGAUUGUUCUCCAGGUGUUAAUCUAGUAAAUCGCGACAAGCAAAGCUUACCGUGGGCCUCUCUGUUUCUCUCUCUCUCUCUCGUCACACACAGAGAGAGUCCGGCGCUGUGACGUUAUAGAGUUUGAAAGGAGAUAAGCAUGCAACAUUCAAACUAAAAUUCACCUCUUCAACUUACUUUCCUUGUUUAAAUUUCUAUAAUUCCUUCUUAAAUACAUUUAUUGUUUUUAUUAUUCGCAUUAAUCUUAUUAUUAACUCUUUUUUCUCUCUUUGGUCCUUCCGUUUUUUUCGCCAUACAUACAUAAUACACAUUUACCUGAAUUAAUCUCCGACUGUAACCAUACCCUAGGCGCCGAUUGACGUACACCUUAUCAACCUCUGCCCUUCUUCCAGAAUGGAUAAGAGCGACAUAGAGAUGGAGGAUGCCGAAAAGAAAGUCCAUGAUGUCGAUAAUUCUGUGGUAGAGUCGGAAAGUAAUAAGCUUGAUGAAAGUUUGAAACCUGAAGGGGCAGCUGUUGAGGGCCAACAGUCUACUGGGUCAACCGUAAAGUGCCAAGAAAGUGCUAAAACAGAGACAGUAGAUCACAAUGACCAGUCUGAGAGUGGGGCUAAGAGCCCAAUGCUUGCUGAAAAUGGGAACGGAGAGAGGAAAAGUAAUGUGGUGGAAGGUGAAAGCAAUGUUAAGGAUGAGAAAAUGGACCAGUCUGAUUCAAAGAGUGCAGUAGAGGACCAGAGGAAUGCUGCAAGUGAGACAGCGAACCAAAGUGAAACUAUAGGCCAGCUAGAGACUCAAGGCAAUACAGUUGGCGAUGACCAAAACAAUGCUACAGGUGGAACAGAAGGAGAAACCAAAAUUGAGGAAAAGGAAGGGGAUAUUAAAACUGAUGUGGCCGUGAAGAAUGAAGAAUCUAUGGGAAAUGUUGCACACCAUGAUACUGGAGAUGUAAAUAUGCAGGUACAGGAGGAGUUACCUGCUAAUGAAGUAGGUGAGAGUGGAAAGGAGGUGAAGGAUCAGACUGAGAACUCGAUCAAUGAUGUUCAUCACAAUGGCAAUGAUAUGAUGGUUGAUGAACAGAAGAAAGUGGAACUUAAAUCUAAUGCUGCAAGUGUUAUCGCUGAUCGUGACGCUAGAUCGAAUGAGUUGUCAGAGUCAAAAGAUGAUGUUAAGAAUACUGCUAUUGCAAAGAUGCCUGAGCCAGCCACUCCAAAUUUGUCUGUGAAAUGUGCCACUCUAAAAGUUGGAGAGCAUACUGGGGAGGCAUCAAAUAAAAUCUUUGAUGAGUCGAAGAUAGCUGAUGAUGAGGAUGAAGAUGAGGAUUGGAAUGAUGAUGGAUCACCAGAGGAUCAAGCAGCAUUUAUGAGAGAAGUUGAAAGUUUUUACAGGGAGAGAGCCAUGGAAUUUAAACCACCUAAGUUUUAUGGUCAACCUCUUAAUUGCCUGAAGUUGUGGAGAUCUGUGAUCAGAUUGGGAGGCUAUGAUCGGGUCACUGGAUCCAAGUUGUGGCGGCAAGUUGGCGAGUCGUUUCACCCCCCUAAGACUUGCACAACUGUGUCCUGGACAUUCCGCAUUUUUUAUGAGAAGGCUCUUUUAGAAUAUGAAAGGCAUAGGACGCAAAGUGGCAAGCUUCGACUUCCUAUUGCUGCUCUUCCUGAAGCAGGUGUUGACAAUGAGGGAAAUGGUAAUCAAACUCCUGGAUCAGGCAGGGCGCGAAGAGAUGCUGCUGCUCGUGCUAUGCAAGGGUGGCAUGAGCAACGUCUUCUUGGUUCAGGCGAGGUUGGGGAGCCAAUUGUAAAGGACAAGAAUGCCAACAAUACGCCAAAGCGUGAGAAGAAUCUCAAAAGCAUUGGUUCUAUAAAACACAAGAGAGCAAAUGAAGUGGAACACCCUUCGAAAGUGGCACGAACUGAAACAUAUAAGCAGUUAGUUACAACAGUUGUUGAUUUGGGACCUCCAGCUGAUUGGGUAAAAAUCAAUGUGCGAGAAACAAAAGAUUGCUUUGAGAUCUAUGCUCUGGUGCCUGGGCUUUUGAGAGAGGAGGUGAGGGUUCAAUCUGAUCCUGCUGGCCGUCUAGUCAUAACUGGUCAACCGGAGCAACUUGACAACCCUUGGGGUAUUACCGCCUUCAAGAAGGUAGUAAGCUUGCCUGCUAGAAUCGAUCCACUUCAGACUUCUGCUGUUGUAAGCCUCCAUGGACGGCUCUUUGUUCGUGUACCAUUUGCAUAGUGAAUAUUUGACUUGAAAAGGAGGAAGUUUUGGACAAUUUAGCUGAACUUGAUUGACAAAGCAUGGAUGCUCGUAGUUGACCAACGUUGAUCGUCAGAUUGUGAAUGCUAGGGCCUUAGAUUGUUGGAGCUGUGUAUGAUUAGUUUGAUCAAAUUAGUUAUUGACGUUCUGUGGGUCAAAAUUUGACAGCAAAAGAAGGCAUGUCCGGUUACAGGACACAUUUUUUUUAAUUUUUUUUUUAAACUCUUGGAAUUGAGGGAUUUAUAGCUAGAACCUUUUUGCUCUGAUGCUAAUAUUGAUACUAAUUUAUUUCUAAUUAGCAUUUCACUAUCCAUUUUAUGUCCA